AUGGCCAUCAAUGCAACUGCAGUUGCGGCCUUGCGUCAGAAAGAUCUCCGCAAAUUCUUCACCCGAGAUACCGAGAUUGAUGUUGUCGACGCCGAUGUUUUCGACGUUGUGUUUGAUCACCUCGCGCAUCUUUAUCAGGUCAGCCCAGGUGCUUGA